CGCAGGCGCAAUGGCCGCCCGCCGUCCCGCGCAGGCGCAGUGGCCGCUCCCCUUCCCGGUCCCUCUCGCCGUCCCGCCGCGCUCCGGUGGCUCCUUUAAUGCGCGCGCAGCCGAGGGCCCCACCCAGAGGUCCCCCCCCGAGGAGCACCCACUGAGAGAGACCCCCGCGGUAGGGGCCUGCGCCGAGGAAGGGGUCCCGGUGGCCCUGCCAUGUCGUGGCAGCGGCAGUGGUGUUACCUGUGCGACCUGCCCAAAAUGCCAUGGGCCAUGGUGUGGGACUUCAGCGAGGCUGUUUGCCGUGGCUGCGUCAACUUUGAAGGCACCGACCGUAUCGAACCGUUGUUGGAAGCUGCCCGUCGCCUCCGGCACAGCCAUGCUGAAAGCCAGCACCGCGAUGCCGCGCCAAUACCACGCUUGCCCGAGGGGCUAAACUGCCCCGAGGAAACGACAGCCAAGUGCCAUGGGCCAUCGUUGCUGGUGCCAUGCCGGCCGCACGGUGUCGAGCGUUUGGUGGAGUUGAGCAAAGCCAUGCGCGGUCGCGCCGAGGACUGUCUGGGAAAGCCGCUGGCAGUGCGGGAAUGCUUGGCUGCCCUCGCCGGCUGCGCUCCCUUCAACGUCCGCUUCCGUAAAGACCACACAUUGGUGGGACGAGUCUUCACCUUCGAUGCCGCGCCCCGGCCCAGCUUUGAGUUUGAGUUGAAGCUCUUCGCCGAAUACCCCUGCGGUUCCGGAAGCAUCUACGCCAGCAUGCUGGGCCUGGCAAAGCAGAUGUUCCAGGAUUGCCUCCAGGUGCCCGGCAAAGCCAUUUCCUCCGGCUACAAGUACCUGGAAUAUGAGAAGCGGCAGGGCAGUGGCGAUUGGCAUCUGCUGGGCGAACUCUUCACCGAAGCAGUCCGCUUCUUCCGCCACCCGCCAGCGCCCGAAGCCUUGCCGCAGCAGCACCCACCGCCCCCGAUGCUGCCGCCAUGUCGCUGUCGCAAAGCUUCACCGGAACUGGAUGAACCGCCACCACACCGGCAGCACCUGCCGGGUGAAACUUCACCCGAUGAACCACCCAGCAUUCGUCGCCUGGUGGAGGAUUCAACAUCACUGAUGUUGUGUUGUGGUUUGUGCCAGCAACGGUUGGAGGACACCCAUUUCGUGCAGUGCCCCUCGGUGCCGGCGCAUCGGUUCUGUUUCCCCUGCGCCCGUCGUGCCAUCCAGGCACGGGGUGCUGGCGGGGAGGUGCACUGUCCCAGCGGGGGCCGAUGUCCGCUGGCCGGAUCCAGCCUCCCCUGGGCCUUCAUGCAGGGCGAGAUUGCUGCCAUUUUGGCCGGGGACAUCUGUGUCAAGAGGGAGAGGGACCCCUGAGGGACCCAGGACCCCCCAAAGGGACCCAGGACCCCCCCAAGGGACCCCAAUCCCGCUGAGGGACCUGGGACCCCCCUGAGGGGGCCCCAACCCUGCUGAGGGACC